ACUAUUAAUAGCAUCAUAUACACACAUACAGCAAAACAGCUGCUCCGUGUCCACGCAAAGCCUCAGUGCAAACAAACCAAGAAUUCAGAGGAGAUAUAAAGAAUGGGAGACUUUCAAAACUUUGAACAAGACUUCUAUCAGUCUGGAUAUUAUAUGGACAGUCCGCAGGAGGAGGUAUAUGGCUAUGACCCAGCCUAUGUUAAUCCAGAAUACCAUGAUGUUGAUAAUUCCGCACACUUAGCAGAUGAAUAUACCACUACAGCAUCUUAUACUGGACAAGUGUAUCAGCCUGUAGCGCCACUCGAGCAAACAGACUGCAUAGACUCAUAUGAGGAAGAACCACCACUCUUAGAAGAGUUGGGCAUUAACUUUGACCAUAUCUGGCAGAAGACUCUGACAGUGUUAAAUCCACUGAAGCCUGCGGAUGGCAGUAUUAUGAAUGAGACAGACCUCACUGGGCCUAUUCUCUUCUGCGUUGCCCUGGGAGCCACACUAUUGAUGGCAGGGAAAGCACACUUUGGAUAUGUGUAUGGCAUCAGUGCUCUGGGAUGUGUUGGGAUGUAUUCACUGUUGAACCUGAUGAGCAUUUACAGCAUAUCCUGUGGAUGUGUGGCGAGUGUACUGGGAUACUGUCUCCUGCCAAUGGUUUCGCUCUCUGCAUUUGCUGUUGUUUAUUCACUUCAAGGGCUCUUGGGAACGCUGUUGGCCUUGUUUGUGGUUGGCUGGUGCAGUCUAUCAGCCUCUAAGAUCUUCAGUUCCACUUUAAACAUGAGUGGGCAGCAGCUGCUGGUGGCAUAUCCCUGUGCUCUUCUGUACGGGGUCUUCGCUCUCCUUACUGUCUUCUGAUGAGAACUCAGUUCAAAUGUGAACUAUAAGAAAUUAUCACUCUAAGAUCAGAUGAAAAUUAAGUGUACAUAAUAUGCAUUGCUAUCAAAGUGGCAACAGUAAAUCAGGAUUAUCAGAUACAUACUUAGUUUAACAAAACUAUUAUAGAACUUCACGUACUAGCAGAAUCAUUUUUUUUUAUUUUGGAAUGCACACAUAAUCAGAUACUAUAAACUCAGCCACACUAAUUUAAUGCUAAGCUUGAUCCCAGAGAAUGAGAGAAAGUGAAUUUCUAUCACUCUCUGGGAUCAAGCUGAAUAAUGCAAUGGCUAAGGUAAACCAUUUUUCAUUGUCUUAUUCUUACAAGAUCUUGACCAAAAAUGUAUCCACCUUUUGGUGGAUAUAAAUGUUGAUGUUUUUUUUCCAUCAAGAGGUGCAUCAAUCUUUGGUCACGAUCUUGUAUCGACAAUGCAGGAGUCCAGCACUCUGUAAAUUCUUCUCCAGCACAUACUGAAGACUUUCUGUGAAAAUGAUUCUUCGUGCUCCAUACUUUCAAAUGUUGGGCCUGAUGAAUCUUGCCCUAGUCAUCCUGGAAUAUGGCCAUCAUGUGUCUUUCUACAUGGUAGUUACACACUCCAUCAAUUAGGGUUAAAAGAACUGUUGCCUUAAACUUAUAACAUGCUAGAAACAUAAUCACUGCAAUAAUGAUAAAUUCAUAGACUCUUAAGCAUUUACCUAUUUAAAU